AUGCGAAUCCCAUAUGCGCCGAAAGAGCCCGCAGACCCGACGCCAGAGAACCAAGCCAUAUACGACCGCAUAGCAGAACGACGAAAGCCACGACCGCUGAUACCACUCGAUCUCGCGCUGUUGCAUAACCCCGCCAUUGCGGAUGGGUAUAAUUCCUUGAUGGGUGCUAUUCGCACCAAGUCAUCUUUCUCCCAAGCUCUGGCUGAGCUCGCGAUUUGCUAUAUCGCGGUGUUGAAUGAUGCAACAUAUGAGUGGACUGCUCAUGCACCGCUUGCUUUGAAAGCUGGUGCCAGUCGGAAGGCGCUUGAGGCUGUCCUCAACAAUGACGUGAAGAAUUCGGAUAUGUUGAGUGAAGAGGAGCAGGACGUGUUGGAGUUCACGAGGCAGUCGACGAAAGAGAUCAAAGUGGAUGAUGCUACGUUCGAGAAGAUCAAGAGCAGGUACUCGGAUCAGGAGGUGAUGGAGCUUACAAUCACUGUCGCUGGGUACAAUAUGGUCAGCCGCUUCCUGGUGGGGUUGGACGUGACUGAGAGCAAUGGGAAGAAGAUGGUGAUGCCGGAGUGA